AUGGUGGAGGCCGCCAAGGAACGCAUCUGUGCCACUGUCCUCAAGGGCACCAGCCUAAUCAGCAAUGGGGAUUUACUUGUAUAUAUGCAGGUUAAGAGCAUUGACAGCCAGAUCGCCAAGCUGAGAAGGGGCAAUGGCGACCCAGCGGCCAAGAGAGAGAUAGAGAGGCUCACCGAUUACAGGAGAAGGAUUUACGAUGGUCUCGAAUGA